AUGUCGGCCUGUGUCGCAGCGGCGCAGAGCACACUGCUUGCGGCGGCCCAGUGCCAGCAGGCAACACAGCAGCGGAAUGUGCGUGCCACGGCUUCGGUGGGCGCCGCCAAGCGCAUGCUUCUGCCCAAGCACCGCCACAACAUAGGCAUGAGCCGCAGCAGCAGCCGCAGCCUCGUGGUGGCCGCAGCCGCACAAGCCGAGGGCGUGGGCAAGCUGAUCAGCAAGGUGGAGAUCCCCGCCUUCAUCCCGCGCUCCGACCUGGUCGACCAGCUGCUGCGGUGGGCCAUGAUCGAGAUCCAGGAGAACGGCGUGGCCAACGUGUCCACCCCCUGCAAGGUGAGCGUGUUCAAGCGGGGCGACGACUUGUGGGGCUUCACCGUCUCCUUCCUCAAGGACGGCGUCAGCGCCGCCGACGUGCGGGUGGCGUUUGACGAGGAGACCACCCAGAAGCACGACUGGGUGGGCCGGGGCGCAGGUUUGUUGCCACACGGCAUGCCCGUGAUGGAGGGCAACGCGGAGGAGAUCAUGGGCAAGCACUUUGAGAUCCGCAAGGUGUGCGACCGCGCCAUCAACGACAACCAGCGCGAAUCCAUCCGCGACUUCUGCAACCUGCUGAUUUCAGCGGGGGCAAAGUACAAUAGAAUCCUGUCGGGUGGGAGCUACCAGCUGAGAGGGCUGCAAGAGCUGGAAGAUGGCAACAGCUGGCAGCAGGCAAGAGCGCGUCAAGAUAAAUCGGCAAGGAAGAGGAGCAUCCCUGGCAGGGUUGACCAGUCCAUGUCAAAAGGAAGGGGACGACGGGUGGCUGCUGUGCCGGCGUCGCCCUGGGCGGGCGGCGUUGAGUCCUGCGGGUGUUUAGUCUUGGCCAUGCUCGCGUGCCCGGAAUCACCCCCGGAGUUUGAGAACGAGGAUGCCGCGGUCGAGUUUUACUUGCGGCAGUACGCUGAAAUAAAAGCUCGCAGCAAGUGUGUGUCUGCGCAAGCGGCCCAGAUAGUUGCCGAACUGGCUGCGGCGCGGCGCGCAGAGGAGGGGCAGCAGAAGGAGGCGGCUCAGGCAGCGGCGGUGGUGGAGGCGCAACUUGAGACGGCAACACCCCCAGAGUUUGAGGACGAGGAUGCCGCGGUCGAGUUUUACUUGCGGCACUGCGCUGAAAUAGAAGCUAGCAACAAAAGAGGAGAGCAGAAGCAGAAGGAGGCUGCAGCGCGGCGCGCUGCGGAGGAGCAGCAGCUGAAGCUGGCGGCCCACGCAGCGGCGGUGCUGGAGGCGCAGCGUGUGGCGGCGCGCGUGGCCCACAGGCCGGUUCUGGGCACACCCAGGAUUUGUGCGCCGAUAUUCUGCCGCAUUGGUGCUACACGGCCUGUUAGCGUUGUUCACAAGCUUCACUUCCCGGUUUUAACGUCUAGCUUUAGACCAUUAUUUGAUCUGCCCGACGCGCCAACGCCUUCAAAGAAGGCCUUUCUUAGCCGCGGCCUAAAGGUAAAGGUGGGGAAGAGCCUCCACAAGCUUCACUUCCCGGUUUUAACGUCUAGCUUUAGACCAUUAUUUGAUCUGCCCGACGCGCCAAGUGCAGUACCCCCCACUAGUAGUGAAUGGGUCCCGGGGAGGCCUGUGAAAGGUAAAGGUAAAGGUAAAGGCACGAGUUCGAACCCCAGCCGGGACACUAGCUGGGACUUUGCCUCACGGCACCUUCGUGGCGGCAUCUGGGCGGCGGACGGCUGCCCGGCAGACCGGCAUGGCGCUUGCAAGACGGAGCCUCCCCGGGAUGCCAUCGGCGGCCAGAUUUUCCUCGCUCUGGACAGCCGGCAGGGUUAG